GGCUUCCACCGUUUCCUCCCGUCCUUCCUCUAUCCGAUAGACUGUCCGGCCUUGUCAUAAAACAAAGGCGUGAUUGACGACGAAAUCGGUGCUUUUCCGCCGACGGGACGCCUACUCGGCAACUUCUCCUCACCCUAAGACCCCAAAUCAACGGACUAGUUGAUUCCCGGCAAGAUGGUGACUCUGGAACGUCAGGAAAUCAUCGCGAACAACAAGUCGCUCCGGCUGAUCAAAAACGAGCUCGAGCAUCUUCUAGAGAAUGGGGCCCUGACCGACGAUGUAUUCGACUCGAUCCAGCGACUGCUCCCCGCAGAGACCUCGCUCUCUGGCGCGCCUACACCCGCCGCGCGAGCCUCCGCGGUUGCCUCGCCACCUCCCCGAGCGCCCCCCGUCAACGCGAUGGCGAACCUAGCCAUUCACCAGGACCCGACGCCCAGCCCGGCACCGCCGGCCUACAACACGACCGGCCCGCCCUCCCUGCCCGCGCGUUCCGGCCCUCCAGCUCCGCCACCGGCCAAACCGGUGAUCGCCCACGCGAAGGCGCUAUACAAAUACCAAGCCGCCGACGACCGGGACCUGUCGUUUGAGCGCGACGAUAAGAUCGCCGUGCACGAGUACAUGAACGACGACUGGUGGAUGGGGCGCAACCAGCGAACGAACGCCGAAGGCAUCUUCCCUAAGAACUACGUCGAGAUCGACCACGGCGAGAAGGCCGGCUUCUACGCCCCGUCCCAGCCCGUGUACGCAGGGCCGGGCCCGGCUCCAGCGAGCAACGCCGCAUACCCGGCGCCGCCGCCGACUCAGAACCCCUACAACGCCAACGUUCCGCCCAUGGCGGUGGCACAGGAUGGCGGCGGGGCUAACGGCGGCUCCCCGAGCAAGUUCGAGCAGCAGGGCAAGAAGUUCGGCAAGAAGCUAGGGAAUGCCGCCAUCUUCGGUGCGGGCGCGACCCUCGGCGGGAAGAUUGUUAAUGGCAUAUUCUAGAUGGCGACGGCCGUGGCUCUGUACUCAUUUGUCAUCAAGCUGCUGCUUAUAGGAUGUGGCGGGCCGGGGGCGGUAGUAGGCAAGUAGACGGUGGCUCGCCAUAGUCGGCGGCAGCAAGAGAGGGAAAACGAGAGAGGGCAUCCCUAAAGGUUCGGGUGGGUUAAUGGGUUGGAAAAGGUUUAAUCUAGCACGACUACCUCUAAGAGAAUCCGUUCUCUGCUUCUCCUUUCUCUCCUUCCUCCUUCGC